GUAAAAAAAUUAAAUUGUCGUUUUUUUAAAACUGGACAAUGCAUGUCAAUACCCUACUCCCCCCCUUUAUGUGUGCACGUUGGUACGCCCCAAGCUGCGGACGGGUCCGCGGAAGAGCCGCGGCGCGCCUGCGAACGGCUACACUCCGCCCGUAUCUCAAUGCAGUGCGCUCCACUCUGCAGGCAGCACUGUGCCUGGAGAACUUUUCCUCUCAGGUGGUGGAGCGGCACAACAAGCCCGAGGUGGAGGUCAGGAGCAGCAAGGAGCUGCUGCUGCAGCCGGUGAUUAUCAGCAGGAAUGAGAAGGAGAAGGUGCUGAUUGAGGGCUCCAUCAACUCUGUGAGAGUCAGCAUCGCGGUCAAGCAGGCUGACGAGAUCGAGAAGAUCCUGUGCCACAAGUUCAUGCGCUUCAUGAUGAUGAGAGCGGAGAACUUCUUCAUCCUGAGGAGGAAAGCAGUGGAGGGAUAUGAUAUCAGCUUUCUCAUCACCAACUUCCACACGGAGCAGAUGUACAAGCACAAGCUGGUUGACUUCGUCAUCCACUUCAUGGAGGAGAUUGACAAGGAGAUCAGCGAGAUGAAGCUGUCGGUCAACGCCAGGGCCAGAAUCGUGGCCGAGGAGUUCCUCAAGAACAACAUCCCGGUGAUUUACAGCAAUGGAUCAGAUGGGAAGAUUGUGAAACGAUUCGUCCUCGUCGCUGUAUCAAUGGAGGGCGCCCCAGAGGCAGGAGGAGGGAGACGGAGCGAGGAGGAGGAGGAGGAGGAGGAGGAGGGGGAGGGGGGGGGUGCAGACACUGAAGGGAAUGGUGACGCUGUGACACACUCUAGUGCCCAGAGAGAGCAGCUGAGCCGAGGGGGAAUGAACCAGCGCAAGAAAGCAGGGAGGAAAUCCGAGGGCACUGACUGCAAUGGGAAACCCCGCAGGAAGAACCCGGAGCGACUCAAGAACGCCAAGCUGCUGGCAGAGCGAGCCAUCAAGAACAGGAAGCUCUUCUCUGUCCAGGGUCCCUAUCCUGUGGUGCGGGCUGCCCUGCGAGCACGCGGUUGGUUGGAGAAGAAAUUUCCCAAGGUGCAGCACCUGGGGUCACAGCGGGGUCGCGGAGGGGACGAGGAGACGGAGGAGGACGACGGUGAUGACAGUGGCGAUGACGACGAGGAUGGCUGUGAGGAGGAGAGUGAGAAGGAGGGUGACUCUGAUGACAGCUAUGAUCUGAUGUCUCGUCUGGUUCGCAAUGAGACCCCCUAUUUCUAUUGGACGACGCGGCGCGACGCCAUUGACUGCCGGCUGCUGCGCAAGGAUCAGAUGACCAAUCACUACGCACGGGCCGGGUCCUUCACCACCAAGGUGGGGCUGUGUGUGAACCUACGGAACUUGGUGUGGUUCGACGAAGCCAAUCCCGACACGUUCUUCCCGCGCUGCUACAGACUGGGGGCCCAGGAUGAGAAGCAGGCCUUCACUGAGGAUUUCAGGCUCACAGCCUGCAGCAGUCUGCUCAAGUGGGUGUUGGAGACCAGCAAGGGGCCUCCGGGGCCACAAGAGGGUGCCAGCGGGGGACCGGGGGACAAGAAGGAGGCAUCGGGGGACUCCCCAAACCAGGUGCAGAAGAACGCGUGCAAGCUGCGGGCGAGAUCGGAGGUCCCUGCGGAGCUCAUAGUGACCGCACUGCAGGCGUGUCAGGAGUACCUGGACAGCCUGGAACACAAUGACAUCGACAUCUCCAUGGAAACGCCCCCCGCCAUCAGCGAGCAGCAGUGGGAGGAGUUCCUGCACAGCUACUACCAGGUCAUCCACGACGGAGCCAGCGUGAAGAACUUUGACCUCUACACUGACCACUGCGAGCAUGUCCUGGGCAAACUGCGGGAGGUCAACCCACAGCUGGACAUCGACGGAGUCCACAACAUCUGGAUCGUGAAGCCUGGAGCCAAGUCCCGCGGCAGAGGCAUCGUGUGCAUGGACCGGCUGGAGGACAUCUUGAAGCUGGUGGACAGCGACCCCACCAUGAUCAAGGACAGCAAGUGGGUGGUGCAGAAGUACCUGGAGCGCCCCCUGCUUGUCUACGGCACCAAGUUCGACGUGCGGCAGUGGUUCCUCGUCACGGACUGGAACCCGCUCACCAUCUACUUCUACAAGGAGUGCUACCUGCGCUUCUGCACCCAGCCAUUCUCACUGGACAACCUGGACAGCUCCGUGCACCUGUGCAACAACUCCAUCCAGAAGCACUACGAGCGAUCCCAAAGCCGGAACCCGCGCGUUCCCCAUGACAACAUGUGGUCUUCGUCGGACUUCCGGGCGUUCCUGCGCAGCCGGGGGCAGGAGUCCCUGUGGGAGGCCAGGACAGUGCCGGGGAUGAAGCAGGCAGUGAUCCAUGCCCUGCAGACCACGCAGGACCUGGUGGAGUCGCGACGAAGCAGCUUCGAGCUGUACGGGGCUGACUUCAUGAUGGGGCCCGACCUGCGGGCCUGGCUCAUCGAGAUCAACGCCAGCCCCACCAUGGCCCCCUCCACCCCCGUCACCGCCCGGCUCUGCGGGGCCGUGCAGGAGGACACGCUCAAGGUGGUGAUCGACAGGAGGGCCGACCGCUACUGCGACAUCGGGGGCUUCGAGCUCAUCUACAAACAGGUACCAGUGGAGGUACCCCAAUACGUGGGGAUGAACCUGCUGGUUGAGGGCACCCCAAUAAGGAGACCGCGCCCCCCUAUGCACAGGAACAGCACCUCAUUCACCGUGCCUCUGCCGCGGCAGGACCAAUCAGGUCGCAAAGAACCCCCCAAAACAGCACAGCCACCCCCCGCAAAACCACAGGACCCCACGUGGCUGACCCCCACCCCUGCCCGCGGAUCCAAGCCCAUCCGUAGGACGCGCCUCUCCGUGACUGGCAAAGAAAACAACCCCAAAGGACCGCCCAGGGCUGAGGAGCCCACCCCACCCAAACACCUUCACAUCAUAGCCACAGCCCCUAAGAGAACCCUGAAGGACCCGCAGACCCCCAAGCCCCUCCUUCACAUCACAUCCACAGCCCCUAAGAGCUCCCUGACAGCCCCGCAGACCCCCAAGCCCCUUCACAUCACACCCACGGCCCCUAAGAGCUCCCUGACGGACCCACAGACUCCCAAGCCCCUUCACAUCACAUCCACGGCCCCUAAGAGCUCCCUGACAGCCCCGCAGACCCCCAAGCCCCCCACGGGUUCCGGAGCAGCCCGGCAGAUCGGGCUGAAGUUCACCAGCUUCGACACUCUGGAGUUCAAGACAGUGAAGCAGCCUCGCAUCGUAGCCUCUGUGGAUUGUGGCUCGUGGCAGAGCCCCCGCUGCCGGCCCACCCGCCAGCACUUCAUGCAGACCAGAGUCUGUCUGCCCUCCCUCCGGCCCGCCGCCCCCUCCCUGGAGAUCAUCAGCCUGCAGCAUUCCCUGAACCCGGCGCCCAGCCCGCGCUACCACAGAGCCGGGCCUCGCCCUCACAGGUGGCCCUACAACCUGGAGCUUGCAGCCCUCAUGAAGCAGCUGGCUGCGGGGGGCCGACAGUAAAACUACACGGAAAAGAAAAGCUCUACGGGUUUAAAUGUAAAAACACCGGGAGAAGGGUUUUUGUUUUUGUUUAUUGUUUUAACUAAAUUAUCAAUGGUGAAUCAAAAUCAAAAUGGAUCGACAUGUUUUAUUUCACAAUUUUUUGAAUGAUUGAAAUGAUCCGUAAUCAUGUUUGCACUCGUCCAGUAAAGAGGUAGAUUUAGUAUCAGCUGAACAGCGAAGAGAAUAGCAGGUUGUUUUCAUUGCAAUAUUUUCAUUGUUAUCCAGUUGUUGUAUGAAGUGGUUUUAUUGUUUUAUAUUCAUUUAUUAUCUUCAUCACCGCACUGGAAUGCAGUAAACCCAGGAUUUCAUUCACUUGAUCUGGAACAUUAAACUUUGACAUUAUCCAUGUGUGACCGGGCAGAGGCUGGGUGUGAACUGGCACCCUGCACACUGCCAGCGGGCAUCGGAUCCACUGUGCAAAAGAGCCGGGCUCGCCUGCAGUCGUGGUUUUAGAGCUUUUAACCUUAAUGAAUGAGUCAUUUAGCAGGCACUUUUACCCACAGAGACUAGGGCGGUGAACGAUGCAUCAACAACUGCUGCUGCAGGACCGAGACGGGACAGAAUCUGUAACAGCAGGACAGCACACAACACCGCCUGGUGUGCAUAACUGUUACACACUCCGCAUUUAAUAUUUCUUACUGAACCCUUGAAGGCUUGAGUGGAUUCCAGGAGCAAAGGGCUGUUAAAAUAAACAUGUGAUAUUGUACUCUGUGUAUCGAUGUGCUUGAAGAGUCCAGUGUAGGGUAUGUACAUUUUCCACUGCAGGGACUUAAAGGUAUCUGUGGUUAUCAUGGUAAAAUAGUCUUCUUUGUACAGGGUUAUUCUAACACGAAUUUGAAUCGCCCAGGUGAAAUGAACAGCUACCUCUGGACCGGUUCUGAAAGGGUCUUCCCAGUUGAAGGUAAUGGCUAAUUACUGUUCUGACUGCAGCUUAUGUGACUGACAUUAUUCAACUAGAAGAAGGGGUUGCACUAAUCGUGAGGUUUCUGUAUCGUGAAUAACCAAUGAAUGUAAACCAAUGUAAUCAUGUAUGGACUCUAAUCAUCUGUUAAGAAUAGUCUUUCCUUAAUCAAUAAACCGUGGAAUUGGAAUAAUUCUGAAAGUAGAAUUGUCUGAUUCAUUAUAAAUAAAUAGUUACCACACCCUACAGGGUUAAUACGGGUAUCUGCCCUUUGAACUCAAACGCUCCUCACGCUCGUUCAAGCUGUGAGCCGGUUCAGUCAGGAGCUGCUCUGAAGCUGUAAGCCGGUUCAGUCAGGAGCUGCUCUGAAGCUGUGAUC